CUGGGAAAUACUACUGUUCCUGUUUAACAUGAUGAUCCAUUCCCAAAAGUGUUGAGUCAUUUCACACGCCAAUGCAGGCCUAAUACACAAUCAUUUGUUUAUUAAAACAGGAAACUCCAAUAAUAACUUCAGAUGCUAAAGUUGGGAAAUUAUUAAUUUCAAUCUACAUGAAUGUAUAAACUCUUAUGGCCUACAUAUGUCUAUAUUGCAUUCAUAUUUCAGAAAUGUCUUAUACCACUUCCAAAAACUGAAAAAAGCUGCCUUCCGAGGACGCGUUCCAAGGCAUGAAGGCAUCAAGGCACGUCCGAAUUCAAUGUUAGCUUCAGUUCUUGUCUGCUGAGAUGCCUUCAUCUGGCCGGUUUUUGAAGGCAGCAUAUUUGCAUCCUUCGCUGCCUUUGAUAUCCCACAAUCCCGUGAGAUAAAUUCUGUGACAGUUGAGACAAAAAUUAAAAAUAAAGAUGGCGUCUGAAAGUUGCAGUCGGCGGUCAGUUUGUGUGUAAAUGUACGUUUUUGAUUAACGUUUUCCACUUCUGAUGUCAGCGAGAAAUUAAUAUUGCAGUAAUGAAAUAUCCACUUAAUUAUCACCAUAGCUCUCAAAAGUUUCUUUGAGAUCAUUAAACCAUUACUAUUUUCCUCAGAAGCCUGUCCAAAAUCAGUUUCAUGAUGUGCCUUCGUGCAAAAACGCUGUCUGCAGAUUCAUUGUCUGAUACGGCAGCGAGUCAGCAAGUCAGCUGUUGCUGUUUAGUUCUCGGAUGCACUUAAUAAACACGUGGUUGGAUGUAAGGCGAAACCAUACCUCCGGAAAUCCCUAAAAAUGUCCUCUAAAGCGAAAGUACAGUGCUCACAACCGGUAAUAGUCUGUGGGAAAUUCUUACAGUGAGCCUAUUAGUGUUUCUGCUUCACUAUAUAAGCUGUGUCUGAUUACAAACAGACCAUUCGAAACAUUCAACAUGUUGUGUCUACUGAUCUUCAUUUUAAGCCUCAUAAACAGAGCUUUUUCAGAUAUUGUGGCACAAGGAGACACAGCUGUUGAGUUCGGUCGAGAUGCUUCGUUCUCUUGUGUGCUGUCAGAUGGGUCUGGUGUCAAACAAGUCACGUGGCAGCGGGUGCGCAACACGGAACCGGUACAAACUCUGGCUACAUACAGCGACCUCUUCAAGAAACAUGUGGAUGACCAGUAUGUCGGAAAAGUCAAUUUCACAGCAGCGUCAAUUAAUUCAACGUCCAUUGAGAUCAAAAACACAACAUUCGAAGACGAGGCUUGCUACAUUUGUUCCUUCAAAGUGUAUCCGUUCCAGCCUAAACGACAAACCUUGUGCCUCACUGUUAAAGGUAUAUCAGAAAUAACAGCGUCAGUGAAUCCUGCUCCUAGUUCUGAUCCAGAUGUCGUAGUCUCAUGUUCAGCCACUGGUAAACCGGCUCCAGCGAUCCUCUGGAAAUCUGCAGAGAAACAGUUGAACAACGAUUGGUCAAGUAAUUCCACGACUCUCAACGUGGACAGUUCAACCACCAUUACAAGCAACAUCACGCUUCCACUGUCACAGUUUCAUGGGAAGUACGUGGAAUGUGUGGCUCAGAGUGACGGCAUAGAGAAGAGCAUCCAAAUCUAUCUGCCUGAUCAAGAUGACAAAGUGAAAAACAGUCCAAGAAGUUACAUCGUUACAGUUUCAGUCCUCAUUAUCAUGACUGUUGUGGUUCUUGUCAUUAUUGCCAUCUGUCUUCACACCAGACUAAAGAGAGCUAUGUUUAGGAUUAAAUCUACUUAUGAGGAACCCCUUAAUGCCCCAAUCGAGGAAUGUUAACUUCGCUGCUACCUCAUAGUAUGGAUUUUUGCCCAUGAUCUUUGAAUCUCUUUGAUCUAUGAACUUUUUGGUUCUAAACUAUGUAUUAAUAUUCCUAAGGAAUCGUGAAUGUCUUGUAGUAUUUAUUUAAUUUAUUUGUUUACUUUGUAGUAUUCCAUUGUAAUUGUACAGUUAAAUACAUAAUAUUAUUACCACUAUAAUGGAGGAUUUUGAUGAUAGAGAAUUAUUAUAUUUAUUCUGUAACUUUAGAUUUUUAGGCUCAUAUAUUUGCACUUUAUGACUCAUUUGAAUGUACUGGCAUGAAUAGUUUUUAAUCGUGUCUAAUUUUGGAGUUUAGUCUGUGACAGACUAUACAUUUAUAAAUUUAUAAAAUAUAGGCUCUCUACUAGAUAUUUUUACCCACAAUCCUUCAUGACACCCAUCAUAGUGGUACAGUAAUUUGUAAGAAAUAGCAUUAUUACCCAAUACAAACAAAUAUGCUAAAGGCUGAAAAACCUAGUUUUAAGCCGUGCAAAACAAAAUUAAUGUUAUAUCAUUAAUGGACACAGAAGCUGCUUUGUUUCCUGCAUGAAACUCUAAAGGCUGCAAAGAGAGACAUCUGCCAUUCACUGUAAAAAAUGACUGUGAUUUUAAUGGUGAAAAUGCUACAGUACAAACCUGUUAAAUGGUUAACGGUAAUUUUCCUACCGUAAACUGACGUUCCCAGGAAUCUCUGCAUUCCAUUUAAAAUUUUGUUUGAAUUUGUUGUUUUUUUCUUUGACAUAACAAUGUUUCUUCUUAUUUUUUUUUCUUAUCUGUUAUGUUUGUUAGGGUUGUACGUUACAUAUAAUGUUGUUAAAUUAAUGUUUAUUGCAUAUUUCAGUUUAAUGAGUCUCACCAUGAUGGUGUUUCAUGCUUGUGUGAAUGACACUGUGCACUUUCUAUUUAUCUUAUCAUUCAAAAGCUGCUUGUGAUAGGCUUUGUUUCAUCACGUGACUUCUUUAUCACCACCUUCUUUUGGUGGUUACCAGUGUAUUACAAAGGGCCAAAACAGAUUUCAGUACUUCAAUAAGUUGGUAUAAUAACAUUAUAUCAGUUAAAUUAUGGUUUUAAACUGUAAAUUUGAGGUCACUGUAUUUUUCACGGUAUAUUUUUUACAGUAUUUGUAUUUGUAUAGUUGUUUGAUGUUGACUAAUUAGAAGUGUAUUUUUUCAGCAAAAAGUACUGUAAAGUAAAUAAAACAUAUUUGUGUUUCUACAAAUAUUUAUGUAUUAUCUAAAUGUUCAUACUGAACCAUUAAUAUGGG